AUGGGAGUGCUGAUUUCACUUAAACCAGUGGCACAUGCUCAAGGGAGUCCUAAAGCUGUGGUGUCCAUAAAACCUGAUCAAAAUGUGUACAUUGGAGAGAGAGUUACUCUCAGAUGUGAUGUACAGGAAGGAGGAGACACUGAGUGGACAUACAGCUGGUAUAAGAAUAAUGACAGACUCUACACAGAGAGAGGAGACAGAGUCUAUACAGAAAACACAGUGCAGGAGUUCAGUAUCGGGUCUGUUAGUGACUCUGACAGUGGUGACUACACCUGUCGAGGACAGAGACGUGACUCUCAGAGCUCAGAGAUCAGUGAUACUGUUACACUGACUGUAUCAGAGAGACCACGGGCAGUACUGAGUGUAUCUCCACAGAGCUGGCUGACUGAAGGAGACUCAGUGACUCUAAGCUGUGAGGUUACAGACUCCUCUACAGACUGGACAUUCAGCUGGUACACAACUGUUCCCUACAGAGACAAUCAUGGUCAUAUCAGCGCUAAAAAAAAGCUUCUCUCAGACAGCAGCAGAGGAUCUGGAGGCUCCUACACUCUCAGUCCUGCUGCUCUUAACCACACAGGAGUUUAUGUGUGCAGAGGAGAGAGAGAAGAACGACCCUCUUACACAAAUUACAGCAAUCUACAGCUACUAUGGAUCACUGGUGAAUCUCCUCCAGUCCCUCUGAUCAUCAGUCCCAGCAGAACUCAACACUUUACUAAAGACUCUCUCUCACUGAGCUGUGAGGACCAGAGUAACUCUACUGGAUGGACAGUGAGACGAUACAAACGCAGUGGAAGAGUGUCGGAUUGUUCACGGUGGGGAUCAGUUACAGGAUCUACAUGUAAAAUCAGCUCACUCUCCACAUCACACCCUGGAGUUUACUGGUGUGAGUCUGAGUCUGGAGAAAACAGUAAUCCUGUCAACAUCACAGUGCAUGAUGGUGAUGUGAUCCUGGAGAGUCCUGUCCAUCCUGUGACUGAGGGACAUCCUCUGACUCUACGCUGUUUAUAUCGCAACACAAAUUCCUCAAACCUCCGAGCUGAUUUCUAUAAAGAUGGAUCAGUUCUCCAGACACAGACUACAGGAGAGAUGAUCAUCCAAACUGUCUCAAAAUCAGAUGAAGGUUUCUACCACUGUAAACACCCAGAGAGAGGAGAGUCACCGAAAAGCUGGGUCUCAGUCAGAGGUUCUAGGUUCAGUAUUGGAACAGUAGGAGUGGCAGUGGGACUGAGUUUGGCAUUUUUGUUCAUCGUUUUAUUAAUCUUUAUGAUCCUGCUUUGGUUCUGGAAAAUAAAGAAAGGAAAGCAGCAGAAAACCAAUCAGACAUUAGAGCAGAAUCAGAGCCAGUCAGGAGCUCAAGACUCUCAGUCAGGACACACACCACUUCAGGCUGUAGGAAGUACUAAUAUUUAUGCCACUGUGGAUCAGGCAGAUACGAGUGGAACAGGUGAAGGUGCAGCUGAGAGCAGUGAAGCCACUUACACACAGGUCACGAAGAAAAAGAAGGCAAAGAGGAACAACAAUGUUGAUGCUGAACCCAGUGGUGGUGAUGUGACUUAUGCUGAACUUGAAGUAACACCAAAGAAAAAAUCUAUGAGAAAAAAAGGUACAGAAAAUCAUGAUAUGUUUAGAUGGAUUGAAUUUUUUUUUCUGGAGAUUAAUUCAAGAUUUCUUGCUUCAAUUAGAAAAAGUCAGUGUGUGUGCUGAUACUGUAUACUCAGAGGUGAAGCUGAACAGGAAGUGAGCCAUGUGUCUACGGAUACUGAUGGAGCCAUGGUUGUCUGACAGAUACCAAAUGUUUAGCCAGAUACAGAAGCACAGCUAUGCAAAAUAAAAGACUAUAUUAAAUACAUAUAGAGUUUAAUGAACAGAACCCUCUCUUGGGCUAUAGAUUUAACACUGUGUUUUAAAUGCUCUAGUGAAUUCCAUCAUACGUCCUUGACUGGACUAUUGCAAUCUGUCUCAAGGCUGACUGUCAUGCUGUAUCUUUAAGCAAGUUUCAGCUUGUCUAUAGCACCAGUAAAGUCAGAGCAUAUUACCUCCAUUCUUAUUCAGUCUAAAUCGGCUGCCUAUUAAAUUCCACAUUGACUACUAAGUUGUGACAUGACAUUUGACAUUUAAAACUCAUAUCUGGGUUCGAUAGUAGUAAAGCCCAUUGUUUAUAUCAUUAUAUACAUAGCUUAAAAUUCUCAAUGUACAGGUAUAUAUCACUGUAUACUGCAAUGUCCUUUUAAUUUUACAAGGGCCAUUUUUAAUGGCUUAUUUUUAGCAUUGUGAGGCUGUGUUGUGUAGCACACAUUGAAAUGAUAACAAAAAUGCAGUGUGUUUUGCAGGAAAUUGCUUAUUUAAUUUAAGUAUGCAUUUAUGCAUUAGUUAUAAAUUAGUUCCUAAUUAGUUAUUAGGAAAUGAUUCUGUAUUUUUUUACAUUUCAUUUUUUACAUAAUCAUUCCUCUGCCAUCUGUCAUUUGUAAUGUUGGUUGUGCUUUUUCAAUUUAUUCAUUAAUUAAAAUCAUUUAACCAGUCACU